AUGAUGCCAAUGAAGUUGCGACGAGUUCAAGACGUCUAUAGGAAUGUCAAAAAAGACAUUGUCAUACGAACAGAAGAUGAUCGUAACAUUACCUACAUGGACUAUUGUGCAGAGACAUGUUCAAUCAAUGAUCCAGUAUUCAAAACUGUCGCUUUAGCAUGGUUUGGAUUACAGUGGCCAGAAACUUCUAUUUUUAUGUUCAAAUCCAAUAUCGGGAAGCAUUUCUUCCUGAGAGAAAUGCAGGGCCGUAACAUUGUUCGUUCCCGUCUCUCGGCCCUCUACUUCAUGUCCUUCGUCAACGGCUCCCAAGCGGCUGAAGACCUGAAAAAGUACGAGGCAGAAGUAGCAGAUUGGGUGGCUGAACAUAAUGCCAACGCCACGAAGCUGACCACUAUCACUCAGCAUAGCAAACGCGGAAUGGAAACUGAAAUAGCUCGAGGAAUGAAAUUCGUCGCAGUAAAAAUCCUUGGAGGUGUGGUUCUUACCGUAUUCAUUACUCUACUCUCUUUUAUGUUGCUCAAUAAGAUCCAUGGCCGGAGUUGCAGUAGGUUUGCCGUUCCUUAG